AUGGGCACCACUCAAUUUUUGGUUGUUGACAUAUUAAUAGUGCUUCUGGUUAUUACCACUUUUUUGAGCAAUGGCUGUUUUCUCUACAUGAUUACCAGAGACAAGAAGCUUCGCAGAAAUUUUGGACUUCAGUUGCUGAUUUUCUUAUCAAUCGCAGACUUCCUCCUCGCUGUAACGACUCCUCCAUAUGUUGUAUAUUUGCUGGUCCGUUGGCAUCCAGAAUAUAUAGACAUCGAUCCACACUACGUGGCGAUUUCAACUGCUCCUCAGCUAGCUCUGAUGAAAAUUCACCUAACGCUUACUCUGUCAAUAGCGAUUGAGCGAAUACUGGUCAUUGGUAUCCUAGUAAUCACUAUGACGGCUCUGGUUAUUGCAAAGCUGCGCUCCAUCAGAAAUAUGUCCGCCAUGGCACAAAAACAUCCCAUCAAGUUUCGGCAGGCAAACCGUAUCUCGACAGGAGUUCUUCUGAUUUCUCUAGUGUUUUUCAUACUUCCAAGCGUUGGCAUCGGUUUCGCUGAAGCGGUCAAUUAUUCUAUCUUCAAAACUGUUGGCCCCUUUUAUCUGCUCGGUCUGCUUUGCGCUGGAACUUGUAACAACGUUGUAUACUUUGCUGUGAAUCCAGAAAUCCGAGAAUCCGCCAAGAAAAUGCUGGUAUUCACAAGCCGUGUCUCGAGCCAUCCACAUCCAAUUAUAAUGUAG